GCUGGCCUUGUGACCACUACCACCAGCGCUUUUACCACUUCUGCCCUCACCCGUCGCUCCUUUGCUACGUCAGCGUCGAAGUUGCUUUAGGACCAGGCAGUGGCAGCAGCAGUCGUCGACAAACACGGCUACGACUUCUAUCCCAUGCAGUGAUUCUAUUCCGACAGUCCGCUUCACAUAGACAAGAGAAAGGGCAAGGGCGACCAUGUCUUCUCUUCCAUACACUCGCACCCAAGAUGCCGAUCCUUCCUCCAUCCCACUCGAUAGCCUCCGUGCACCGCCGAAUCUAGAGCAGACACCGAGCAGGGCCAGCUCGACUGGAUCGGGUGGCCCUCCUCCUGCGCACCAUAUGCGUCCACAUGGCUUUGACAACCCCAAUUUCUAUGAGGGCUUCGAUCCAGGCCUGGGAGAUCAGGGGGGAGCCACGAUGACAACGUCUAACAGCGAAGCCAGCGGCAGUGGCACACAUGACGCGUCGAAGUACAACACUCUCGUCGGCGGUCAGUAUCCCGGAGAAAAGGUCGGCAGCGGAUACCCUCCGACGAGCUCUCACCCUCACCCUUAUUCUCACCACCCGCAUCACCACAAUGCCAAUGGCCAUGGCUACGACGAUGGCGCAGAAAGCUCUGCCGACGAGACGGAUGACUUUGAUUGGGACACCGACUCCUCGGCCGACGGCAACGAGGACGUCCUCGCCGACGGUACAAAGAGAAUCAGGGCGAAGCGCGGCAGGGCCGCUUACCUCGCGCUGAUGCGCCUAGCUAGGCCCGUUCGACUCUUCAUCGUCGGCAUUCUAGGCACCGCCAUCUUUCUAACGCCUUUCAUCGUCGUAUUGGCUGCAUUCAAGCACAAUCCUGCCCGCCAGGAGGUCGAAGCCUGGUCCAUUUGGCUCGGCAUCAUUUGGGCAUCGGCAUGCGGCACGUUCCUCGUCAUGGACUGGCUGCCCCCCUCGGUUCUCAAGAUUGGCGUCGCCUUUUGGGGCAAAGCUCCUGAGCUCUUUUCGACGAUCAUCGAGGUGCUCAUCGCAACAAUGAUCUGGACCAAGCUCGUCCUCGUCAUCGCCUGGGCUUGGAUCUCGCUCGGUGGUGUCCUUUCGGCCAUCUACAAUGCCGCUGGCGGCAACCCCAGGCCAGCUUACUUCAAGUGGGUCUUCCUCGUCCUGCAGGCCCUCUUUGGCUCCGGCGUCCUUCUCCUUGCCGAAAAGAUCUGCCUGCAAUUCAUCGCAAUCAACUUCCACAAAACGGCGCUGAAAGACCGACUGGAGAACAACCAGAAGGCCCUCAAGGCUCUCGAUCGCUUGGCCGACAGCAAGUACCUCAACAGCGGCGCACAGAGCCGGGGCAGGAUGACGCCCAACUGGGGUCGCCUCGGCUUCGGCUCUCGUCCGGCCACGCCUGGUGCCACGGGCGGACAUGCAGCAAAGCCGAGUCGAGACGGUCUCGGAGGCUACUUUGGUGCCUCGACGCCCGCACCUGGCCCUGGAGGUGAGAUGCAGCAGCAGCAGCAGCCACCACAGACACACUCGCCGCAGCACCGGCGCACCGGUUCAAAGACGCCCAACGAAAAGGACCAGCGCAAGGCCAACUUUUCGGCACAGCUCGCCGAUGCUCUUGCCACGGCUACGAUGAAGAACUCAAAGCUCUAUCGCAACCGGGGCUCGGGCAGCCAGUUGAGCGCAAGGAAGCUGGCCAAGAAACUCUUCCACAAUCUGGGCCACCACCAGAAAACCGACUUCUUGACCGCCGAUGACUUCCAGCCGUUCUUUGAUUCGCGCGAAGACGCCCGCGAGGCCUUUAGCCUCUUUGACGCCGACGGUAACGGCGACUUGACAAAGACCGAGAUGCGUGACGCCGUGCAGCGCAUUUACAAGGAGCGCAGGGCGCUCUCGACGUCGCUCAAGGACAUGAGCAGCGCCGUCUCCAAGCUCGACGGCGUGCUCCUGGGCAUCGUUCUCAUCAUUUGGAUUUUCAUCUGGCUUUUGAUCUUCAACGGCGACAACACCGUGGCCAACAUUGCGCCCCUGUCCACCUUUGUCGUCGGCUUCUCCUUCAUCUUUGGCAACAGCGCAAAGACGCUCUUCGAGUCAAUGGUCUUCAUCUUUGCCACGCAUCCAUACGACGUCGGCGACCUCGUCUGCAUCGACGACAAUUUCAUGUUUGUUGUCGAAUUCGGCCUCAUCUCGACGACGUUCAGGACCGUGGUCAACCAGUACAUUGUCGCGCCCAACGCCCUCCUGGCCCAGAACAAAUUCAUCUUCAACUGCCGCCGGUCGGGCGGCCAAUGGGAGGUUACAUUCAUCCAGGUCGGGUAUGACUCGACCGUCAUGGAGAUGGUUGAAAUCUUCCGCCAGCGCAUGAAGGCCUGGGUCAAGGAAAACGACCGCGAGUGGGGCGGCGGUCUCGAGGUCAACUUGCAGGACUUCAACACCAACGCCAACUCAAUCAACCUCUGCAUUGCGAUGGAGCACAAGGGCAACUGGCAGGACUGGGGCGCUCGAUGGUCUCGUCGCACCAAGCUCAUGCGUCAGGUCAAGAUCUUCUCCGACGAGAUUGGCAUGAAGUACCAGCUGCCUCCUCAGCCCGUUACCUUCCGUCCCGUCGCUGGUCCUUCUCCACAUGUUCCCCGUGCACCCCGCAUGCCCGGUGCUGCUGCCAAUGGCGGCAGCGGCGGUGGUGGCGGAGGAGGCGGCUUGGGUGCCGGCAUUGGUGCCGGAAACGGCGCGGGAGGCACAAUGGGGCUGCCCGUUGGCGGCAUGGGCCGUGUCCAACAGACAAUGGCACAGCAGCAGGCGGCAUCCUCAUGAUCUGUUCAAUCACGACCCCCUUCAAAAUCCCCAUCAGCAUUUCUACUCUUCUCAUCUCAUCGCUUCGGUCGUCUGCAUCAUCAAUCCUCAGCAUUUCCCAUCUCAUCCCCCUCAAUCCCCUCUUGGAGCCCUCGCAGACGCGCUGUGCGUCGUCUCUCGAGGCCUCUCUCCGAAGCAUUUUGACCAAAUUCAGCACUUGUUCCUCUACCGAAGCAUUAUUCUUUCUUGUCGCUACUCCUCCUCGCAAUCUUCAUUGUUCUAUUUCUCAGG